UGUUCCGAAAUACAACAUGUCUGCUCCCAUGGAUCACUCACGAUUUUUAUUUUUGUGCAUUUAUUUUUCAUUUUGAUCAGUUACAUAUUUAUUUAAACCUUUUAAAGUCUGCUAUUUGAGGGAACACAAUGGGAAUCUUAGAAAAAAUUGGGGAGAUUGAGCGGGAAAUAGGUCGAACUCAGAAGAAUAAAGCAACUGAGUACCAUUUAGGGUUGUUGAAGGCAAAAUUGGCAAAGUACAGACAGCAAUUGCUAGAACCUACAGGCAAAGCUGGAGCUAAGGGUGAAGGUUUCGAUGUUAUGAAAUCAGGAGAUGCACGAGUAGCACUCAUUGGUUUCCCUUCUGUUGGAAAGUCUACUCUGUUGAACACUCUAACAACAACACACAGUGAGUCAGCUGGUUAUGAGUUUACCACAUUGACGUGUAUUCCUGGUGUAAUUGAGUAUAAUGGUGCAAAUAUACAGCUACUUGAUUUACCUGGUAUCAUUGAGGGUGCUGCUCAAGGUAAAGGUAGAGGUAGACAGGUUAUAGCAGUGGCCAGAACAGCUGAUGUUGUUAUCAUGAUGUUAGAUGCCACCAAAGGAGAAAAACAAAAGGAACUUUUGACAAUGGAGUUGGAAAGUGUAGGAAUCAGAUUAAACAGAAGAAAACCAAACAUAUAUUUCAAGCCGAAAAAAGGAGGAGGAAUAUCAUUUAAUUCAACAUUAACGCUGACAAAAUGUAACGAAAAAUUAUGUCAGAUGAUUUUACACGAAUGGAAAAUUUUUAAUGCUGAAAUAUUAUUUAGAGACGACUGCACAUCAGAUGAAUUUGUAGAUGUUAUAUUGGGAAGUCGUGUAUAUAUGCCUUGUAUUUAUGUGUAUAAUAAAAUAGAUCAGAUUUCUAUUGAGGAAGUUGACAGAUUAGCAAGAAAACCACAUUCAGUAGUUGUAAGUUGCAAUAUGAAUCUGAAUCUUGAUUAUUUAUUGUCAACGACAUGGGAAUAUUUGGCCUUAGUGAGGGUCUAUACAAAGAAGAGAGGAGCAAGACCAGAUUUUGAUGAUGGACUGAUUUUAAGAACAGGGUGUACAUUAGAACAUGUAUGCCAUAAAAUCCAUAGAACCAUGGUCAGCACAUUCAAGUAUGGUCUAGUUUGGGGUCGGAGUGCUAAGUAUAGUCCACAGAGAGUAGGAAUACAUCAUAAAAUGUGCCAUGAUGAUGUAGUACAGAUAAUAAAUAAAUUUUUUUUUUUGGCAAGAUUGAAGAUGACAGAUUUUGACCCGGUCUCUAUUUUGCUUGUGACUUCGGGUACAAGAGGUGAAAGAUUGCUAUUUCAGUAUCCAAAUUUUGAAACAGCAAGAACCCACCAAGAUAUUGCUAAAUCUAAAAGAAGAAAUGUUUAUAGUGUGCGGAUUGCAGAAGAUGUUGUCACAGUAUCAAGUCCAGUAAGCAGCAACACAGGAACCUUAUCUGGAUUUUCAAAGGCAAUAUUAGCCAACCUUCUGUCAGUCAAGCCAGCCUUAUGUGGUCAGCCAUUUGAUCUGAAGGUAGAUGAUUUAAGGUUUAUAGGAUUUCCAAUGCUGUUGGAUCAAUCUACAAAACAACAGACAUCUGGCAAAAUAUCCCACCAAAUUGGCUCUUUUAAUAUUGUCUUUGUUUUAAAGGCCUCAGUAGAUCAAUCAGUAAUCAACUGUUAUUUUGAUCUGGUUAAACAACUGACAGGGGCUAUCAAAUACGAGGAGUCUCGGCGGCAGUAUCUAUCAGCAGAGGCUAAAAUCAUGAUAUCAAUACACGAUGAUAUUGCUUCUCUUCCAGAAGAUCAGAUGCAUUUUCCAUAUGAUUUAAUACAGACGAAAAGUUCUUUAGCAAGAGACUUAAGAACAGCAUAUGAAAGUGUGAAAGACAAAGGAGUUGUUCAUUUAUAUAUUAACAAGUGGAUAGAAGUGACAUUUUGUCUGCCACACAAAGUACAUUCUAAAUCUUCUGCUGCCUUAUCUGUUAAAGUAAAUCCUGAAGUUAUCCAGAGAUGUAUAGAAGCUUUAAGACCUUACCAUGGAGUGUUAUUACUUGUGGAUGGACAGAAUCUUUUGGAUACUUUGUCAACAGAUUGUACACCAGCUCUGAACAGACUUAUCAAUGUCAUUAUACAGCAGCCAGUCAGAAGUUUACAGAUUAUAGCAUUGGAGGCUGAUCUGAGUUUGUCACAGGUAUUCCAGCUGGUCAGUCAUCUUGUAUACUGGGGUAAAGCUACUAUUGUGUAUCCGUUAUGUGAAAGCAAUGUGUAUUUACUGUCUCCAAGUUCUAAUAUCAAAAUGAAUUCUAAGAUUGCAGAAGAAUUUGUACAGCUCUUUCCUGGAAGAUCUUUAGCAGUCGAGCUGUCAGAAUUUUCUUAUCCUACAAAGUUAUGGGAUACACAGGACAUGCUGAAUAAACAACAAAAGCAACAGGAAGAGAAAGUUAGUAUGGUUGUAUGGUUAUUACAGCAUGGGUUGAUACACCAACUACAUACCUAUGUGUUUCUAAUGCCACCACUUAAAUCCAGGCUUUGUGUGGAGGACAGAACAUCUAGUUUCUCUGAUGUAACUUCAGUAAACAGUGAUGAAAGUCAGAUCCACUACCAGUCUCCGUCUUCAGAACUGGCAAGUGAUGGGUCUUUUAUAUCUGAAGAGAUAAAAGGUUUUAUGCCCAUGGAAGACACCAUGUCUAAAUUGACCAGAGAGGAGCAAGACUACAUGCUCAACUUAUCAGCUGCAAAAAAUACAGAUGAUUUAAGAUUAUUUCUAAGGCUCUGUCCUUAUUUUAAUGGUCUGCACCAUUUUGAAGAGAUUAUGUUUUAUGAAGACCUUACACGAUCUCAGCUUCUGACUUUACUAGACAAGUUUCAGGAUGUUCUAAUCACAUGUCAGUAUCCUGACCAAGCUACAAUAUUUAAUUCAUCCUGAGUGUAAAUCUUUAAAUAGACAAGAAUCUCAAAGAAACUAAAGGAUUGUGCAAUACUUGUAAUUUACUGCUUAUGUAAUCAUUUAUGAAAUUAUCAUUAUCAAUUAGAAGUUGAUACCGAUUUAAUCAGUGAAAUUAUUGGAUAAUUUUUAGUAUGUUUUACAUACAACAUGUAUAUGAAGAUAUUAAACAACUGGUUUGAUUUGAAAAUGCCCCUUAAAACAGAACUGGGUACCAGGAAUUAAAAUGCGUAACCUGCUGAAGCAAAUUAUUUCAUCAGUGAUUUUUAUCUAAUCUUUCAUGAAACAAGUGAAUUGAAAUUGAUAACCAUAUAUAUGAUUAGAGAAGCUUUUUAUCCCGAAGUGCAAUUAAUUCAGAUGAAUUGAAAACCAGCAAGACUACAAGACAUCAUGAGGUGAUUUGAUUUACUGGAAAUUAUCAACUAUACAAUUAGGAUCAAAAAGAGAAGAAGCAGUCCAUCUAUGUAUGGCAGAAGACAAACAAGAAGAACCAUUCAUAUAAUCAUGUGACAAUAAAGACAUUACCAAUUCAAGAAGAUAUGUCCAACUAGUGUUUUCAACGAUAACACAGUUUUGAUAAUUAGUUUAUGUCUGAAGUUGACUUUAUCAUAGUUCAAAAUGUCUGCUAUUCAUAUUGUCUGUAGGUAUUAAUGUUUUGUAAGCUUAUACAUUUAUAAUCAAUAAGGAUACCUCAGAAGUAAAUAAUAAUUAAUCUUCAUGUUUAUGACAAAACAAGACAUUAUAGACUACUACAAUUUGUUUUUGUUAGAUAUGAUAUUUUGAAAUGAACUGUUACAUGAAUAUAUUUCAAAAUGAACUAGUCCAACAACCAUAACUCUGUACAAAAUCAUAAGACCUGAACAAAUUCAAACUUGAUCUGUAACUUGUCAAUCUAUAUACCAAUUAUUUAUUAAAUAAAUAUCUUCAAGCUGUUUGAUGAAUUCUUACAGAUUUUAGCAGUAUUCUCUCCAGAUAUCUCACUCAUCCUGGUAAGCAAGGAAAUUUAAAAAAACAACAUUUUUUUCUCUAAAACUUAUAGCAUCACAUUAACAACACAAUCUAUAAGAAAAAAAUAAGAUAGUGUUACAUUAAAAAAUAUAGCAUCACAUAACAAUGAUACUAAAAGGCCCUGGGAAGAACACUGAUUGUAGAUUAUGUUCCUAAUAAAAGGCAUGAUAGAGGUGUUGUAUCUUUAUGUAGUUGCUAUCUGUGUAUUUAAAAGUAUAAGUUCAUAGAGUUGUUGCAUGGGAUACAUGUAAACCAUAAUAUCCAUAAAUUAGUUGUGAAACAAGUAUUCAAUUAAAGAAUGACAUUUUUCUUUUUAUCAUUUUUCAUUGGUUGAACAUCAUGUUAUGAGAGAAUACAGGCAGUUCUUAUAGUAUACAUUGUUAUAAACAUACAUGUAAUUUUAUGAAAAAUAUUUAUAACAAAAAUUACCGUAAUAAUUGUCCUAAUAAUACGUGAAUCCAUGAAAUUGCAUUGUACCACCGUGUAUCAUCAGUACAGCAAAUAUAUGUACUAACAAAGCUGACGUGAUCAAUUUUUACCUUCCAGGGUA